AUGAAGCGAGAGAUGUACUCUGGGCAGUCAGACGUUGCUGAUACUGGAUGGAGUGCUCCAAAGCCAGGUCAUAUGUCGCUAGAAAGGUCGAGGAUGUUGCAGGCCGCGGCGGCCGCAGCCGCUGCUGGUGGUGGGAGUACUCCAAACCAUAAUCAAAAUUAUAACAGACCUCCGAAUAUCAAUACAAACAAUAACAGCAGCAACAGCAACUCGUAUGGUACUGGCAAGCCGGGAAACGCACCUGGAUUGGCAGGUACACCGGUGGGCAUGGUUUCUGAUCCUUCGCCUGUUCAGGACACUAUGGUGUUUAAUGCAAGCGAGUACGACGAUUUGCGAACCAAGAAACUGCUCGAUGCUUUCAUCCAUGACUUUCUAAUAAAAUCAAAUUUGAACGAAACAGCACAAUCAUUUGAACGAGAAGCGAAGCUUCUCGAUGUUGAGAAAAGGCUGGACCCCUCGCAUGAUGUCCCAGAGGGGUUUCUUUACGAAUGGUGGCAGAUUUUUUGGGACGUGUUUAACGCAAGGACUCAUAGAGGCGGAUCAGACGUCGCUAAGAAAUAUUUCGAACAGCAACUUCAACGGCAACGACAAGAACAUACUUAUAGAGGAGUUACCAUGCAUGUUGCUAGGGUUCAACAAACUGCUGAGCAGAAAGGAUUUUACCAGCACGAAAUGUUCGAUCCAAUGGAAUUCGCGUCCAUUGCUUCCAUGGCUGCUAAUAACCAAUUUAAUAUGUCCAAUUCAGUAGCUCAGACGGCUCAGCCAAGUGUGCCUUCUUCGGCUUCCUCGGCUAAUUUCCCGGGGUAUACACCUCAGUAUAACUCCAACACUGCUCCGAUGGCUACUCAUUCAGCAGCGUCGUCUCAACAGCAACAACAACAACAACAACAACAACAACAACAACAACAACAACAACAACAACAACAACAACAACCGCAACAGCCUAUCAAACCUCAACCUCAGCGUCAACAAAAUAAUACUCACCCCUCUAGUGUACAGCAACAUCAACAACAACAACAUCAUCUUCAAAUGCAACAUCAUCUUCAAGGCUUCUAUAAUGGUGUACCAGGUGUUCCAAAUGGAGGUUAUUAUACACCUUCUAUGAAUCCUUAUAACAAUACACAGCAAGCUCAACAAGCUGCGUGUAUGGGCUCUAAUCCUGUUUCAAACUCUAUACCGUUGGCAAGUAAUAGUGGACCAGCUGGUACUGGUACUGUUCCAACCAAUUCUCAUAACACUGCUAAUAAUGUAAGCAAUAGUAGUGACAAUGGUAACACUAAUAACGGUAGUAAUAUCAAUGUCAAUGGAAAUGAAGGCAUCAUAAACAAUGAACACAUGACGCCCAAUUCAUCGUCAUCCUAUGCAAUCAACAUGGUAGCCCCCACUCAAAUCCCAAGCUCAGGUCAGGGCCAGGCUCCUUAUUCAAAACCAUCUUCUUUAUCCCAACAAUUUGGAUCCAUUCCAACUUACAUCAAUAUGAACAUUCCAAACUCUGCACCGGCGAUGCCAAGUCAAAGAAAUUCUCAAACCCAAAUUCCUCACAACCAAUCGGCUGCGUUAGUCCAAGGCAUGCUGUCCGCCCCUAGCUAUUCUUCGCAUCUGUCCAGUAACAUUGGUGUUAACAACAUGCCAAUGAAUAGUAUGAAUACAAUCCCUGGUUCAAACGUAAAUGGCAUGCAUCAUAAUACGAAUCCUUCAUUUGAAAUGUCAAGUAUGGAUGGUCUAUACAACUAUCAGAAAGAGCUAUUAAUGCUAGAAAAGGAAAACAAAAAGGUUUUAUCCAUCGCAAAGGAAACAUCCCUGUCUUCUGGAUCUACGCCCCAGUUCUUGACUCUGUCUACAUCUGGGAAUGCUGGAAACAAAAAGGGUUCAAACCCAAUGCUCCCUCCUAAUUCCUCACAGAUUGCUACUCCUCCUAACCAAAGUCCUUUAAAUGUAGGAACUGCACCACCUGCUACCGCUGCAGCUCCAAAGAAACGGAAGUAUACCAAGAGGGUUAAGGAUUUCAAGAAAUCUCAAUCAGCACCAAACACGCCCAAUACAACUGCAUUGACUCCAGGAUCUGGAAAUAGAAAUAAUAUCCCAUCUAAUUUAAACCCCGUUUACGAGCACUUAUCUGCAAACAACUCGCCAAGAGAUAAAACUCCGAAAGGUAACUUGGUUAAUAAUUCUCCGUUCACUUUGAACACAGAGGCAUCCACGGAAAAUGGAAAAGCCCCCGCUGGCAAUAAACGAGCUCGUAAGAAUAGCAGUACUAGGCAAUUAUCCGUUUCAUCUACCACAACAACGAAUAAACCAAAGAAAGUGGCUGCAAAGAAAACCCCAGUAGAUAUUACGACAACUCCACAGAACAACAUCGAAGAAGAGGACUCCACCGGAGCUAGCAGCAAGGAUCCUGGCAGUAAUAAUAGCCUUGGAUUGUUGCCGCAUAAUGCUUUGACCGAUCCAACCCCACAUACUGACUUCGAUCCUAUGAGUAUAGAUCCUGCUCUGAACGCCUCUGCUGCAUUUGAUUAUGCUGACAAUGAGGAUUCAAUGUUGGGCACUUUAGAAACUGCCUCUCUCGCGAAGAAAGGCGAUACACAGGGCGAUUCUAACGAUGAAUUUGCGAAAGACGAGAAGAACAGCGAGAAAAUGAAAUUAGAUCAAAGCGGUUUCAAUUUGGAUUUCUUAGAUCCGAAUAAUAGCUAUAAUGAUUUCAACUUCCUGAAUUGGCAAUGA